UUUCAUUCUGAGGUUUUUUAGAGUAAACCUUAUAAUGCCUACUUACCUAUUUUUUCUACUUCGACGCUUCGGCCGUAAACCCUAUUUCCCAUAGACAUGUGGAACUUUCUAUUCAUUUGUAGAGCUAAGGAGUGGGUAACUUCCGUCGUCAAGGGGUAUUACUCAUUUUAUCCCUCCCUGCCAUAUCCGUGCUAUUAGCCUUGUCAUUUUUCAUGUGUUGGAGUAAGGUUUGAGGAGUUAGGAUAUCCUCACCUGGAGGGACGUCGAAGAUUCCCCUUGUAGUCCAAUAGUGGAAAGACAUCGGAUAUAUCAUCGCCGCGAAUAGUUUUAGCCCAAUAUAUUUUUCAAGGCCUCCUUUAACCCUGUAUCAAGCGCAUCCUGGCUAUCACCCCUCGUAUGGCAACUUUCAGAUGCUAUCAGGUUAAAAGUUGCUGGGUGGCGGCGCGACAUGUGAUCUGAGGCUGCGAUUUUCCAGGAAGAACCAGCGAAGAAUUGCACCUGACGGCGGGUGUGAAGGACGUUAUAAACCAAUAUAACGAUAUAUAUGCAGCAUGUGCGGCGUUGAUUGACAGACCCAACAAUGCAUAUUAGUAACUAUUAUCCUCUCUAUACAUCCAUUUAUUCCCUGCGUCUUCGAUACACCUACCUCCUCCAAUAUGGUCUUCCCCGUCGGCCGUCAACAUCCUCGGCUCGCAAGCUCCCGAAAAUCUCUCCCCGCCCCGCCCUGCUGACUCAUCCCGCCUCCCCAUCCUCGGCCAAACGCGCAUUCGUGGGCAAAAACAUCUCCUCCAGCUUUUCUGCAUCUUCCAAAUAUUCAUUCCACCCUCCACGUCAAACUGUCUACUUCCCGCGCAGCGGCGCACCAUCAUUCCCGGAAUCUCGAGUCAAGAAAGCCGGCGUUUUACAAGCUCUUUUCGGAUCUUUCCUGCCAAUACGCCCUUCUCCUUGGUGCUGCAGAGCUACCUACCGAGCUUGGCGCUCUUCCCCAAACAUCGCUUCCACCCCGAGUCCACGAUAUAGAGAGGCCGUCUUGUAUCAUCGACUACUACCGAGUGGUGACAUAGAGGUUUUCACAAGCCGUGAGUGCGUGUAGACGUAGCACGAAUGGCAUCGGUUUCGCCACCAAAGCCGUGGGAGAGAGCCGGCGCGGGUGCUGUCGCUGCUGCUUCCGCGGUGGCAGGCCCUCUACCCAACAAUACUUCUACUACCUCCUCCACCUCUCCCUCAACGACCACCUCCUCUGCCCCAGAUCUCCCUUCACGACCUACCUCCCUUAAUUCUGUCGUUAACCAGACGGCAUCGAAUUAUUCCCCAUAUGGUGCGUCGCGACUAGGCCAAAGCCCAUAUGGGAGUACUUAUGGCGGUUAUAAUAGCUACUCAUCGCCAUACUCGCGACUAGGGGGUAUGGGAUCGAUGUAUGGCGGAUAUGGGGGAGGAUACGGGGGUAUGUAUGGUGGAAUGGGUGGCAUGGGUGGAUACGGUGGCAUGUACGGCGGUAUGCCACCAGGCGGAGACCCAAACAGCUUGACAAACUCCUUUAAUCAGAGUACGCAAGCUACAUUCCAGCUCAUUGAGAGUAUUGUGGGUGCAUUUGGAGGGUUUGCGCAGAUGCUGGAGAGCACCUACAUGGCAACCCAUAGCUCCUUUUUUGCCAUGGUAUCCGUUGCAGAGCAGUUUGGCAACCUACGAAAUACCCUAGGGUCCGUUCUAGGUAUCUUUACUAUCCUCAGAUGGUUCAGAACUCUCAUCGCAAAACUCACCGGCCGCCCACCUCCCGCGGACGCCACAUCACUCACCCCAUCCUCAUUUGCCGCUUUCACAGGAAAGGGCCAGAGGCCGUCUACCCUCCCCGACGGCUCCUCAGCCCCUCCCCGCCCCUCCAAGAAGCCCUUCUUCUUCUUCCUCGUCGCCGUCUUUGGCCUCCCCUACCUCAUGGGCAAGCUCAUCCGCACGCUCGCCCGCUCACAAGAACUCGAAGCCAAGCGCAACAUGAUGAUCGGCCCGAACGGCGAACCGCUCCCGGGCAAUCUACAACAAAAUGCCAUUGACCCCUCGAAACUCGACUUCUGCCGCGUCAUGUACGACUACACCCCCGAAUCCCAGAACACCGCCGGCGUCGACCUUGCCGUGAAAAAGGGCGAUCUCGUCGCUGUCCUUAGUAGAUCGGAUCCCAUGGGGAACCCGUCAGAGUGGUGGCGGUGCAGGGCCCGUGAUGGUACCGUCGGAUACCUACCAAGCCCUUACUUAGAAACCAUCCAGCGAAAACCGCAGCAACAGGCUAUCACAGCGGGUGCUAAUGCCGCGUCUGCGCCAUCGUCUCUAUCUGCGUCCAGGAGUAAUACCCUGUUAGGCGCUGGGGGUGCUGCCGCCGACGAGCAGCUGAAGCAGCGGGCAAAUAGCCUGAAGGCAGCCAAUGCCAAGCCCGUGAUUAAUGGCAAGAUGGGAGAUGUUUCCCCUGAGAGCUUCCAGAAGAGUACUUUCUAUUCUUGAGAUUGAUUGAAAAAAAUAAAAUUUAAUAUAUUACCCGAUUUGAUAGUUUCUGGCCUCUUUAAAUGGGUUUGAUUUGGGAGGGCCUCAGGGGCUAAGCCAGCUUUUCGUUUCUUUUCUAUUCCUUUCUACUCUCUCUAUCUCUCUUUUCGGUGUAGUGGGUAGCUAAGCCCGGAAUUGGCCCUUGUCUUUUCUCUUAAUCUAUUUCUUUCAAACUUACAUAUUUUCGGCGUUUUUUUGGGCUUCUGUUUAUCCUUGUCGUCCCGUCCCCCAGGCCCCAGCCCAAUAUCCCCUGGCUUUGUAAUCAUUCUUAUAUGCGUCAUGUCUAUCUACGCGUCUCCUUUCCCUCUUUCAUAAGUUUUAGUUUACCCCCCCUACUACAUGUGGUAUUUAUUAGGUGCCUAGAUGCCUAGGUAUGUAUGUUAGAAGCCAUCACAGAGAACGUGAGAUGAUGAAAGCCGGCUGGAAGUAAUCCAGGAAAUUCAGUGUCUUUCAAAUAUUUUUGAUAUUUCUUUUCUCUCUAUUUUUCUUCUUACGAAGCGCCUUGCCCUACCUACCUACCUGUAGUAUCACAAACAUUUAGGUUCUUUUUCCACGAUGAUCCCCGCAGAAUAAUUAAAAACACUUGAUGAAAGGUGUCCAUUGGACUGCCAUCCUAGGGCACAGGAAAUAUAUCAGGUUCUUCAAUUCAUGAAUAUAUCUGAGCACUGA